AUGUUAUUACGUGGUUCAACUCAUUCUUCUUCUUCUUUCAAAACACCAACGUUUGCUCCAUACGCGUCAAUCACUCGAACUCCCUCCAAUACACAACGUCCGAUUGAAGCAGCUGAAACUCCAACAGAUUCACCUUUCACGAUAAUCGGUCAUCACAUCAUAUCGCAGGUGUCACAUCCCGCCGCGUCAACUCAGCGAAAGACAUCCCAUCAAAUGCGUUCAGCCGGACACAUUUCAGCAGAAAAUCAAAGGCGUGUCGUAAAUACGGAACGUCUGUCCAAACAGGGCAGCCAAAUUCAAAGCAGAUCAGAUCAAGUUAUACCUAACGGUCGAAAUUCUACAUCAGAUGUUAGCAAUGAUGCGUAUCUCAAGUCAGAUCAGGCAAAUGUGGUUGAUGAGAUUGUCAAACCGGCUGACGAAGUAACGGUGGUGAAUCAAAUACAGACGGUUAAAUCCAGACAGUCGCCCACACCAGUUGGGGUGAACUUGAGAUCUGAUGUAGAAGAAGGCUCGAGAUCGAUGGCAUCAGCUCAGUCAGUCUAUCAUGUGACUCGAUGUCGAGAUGACAGAGAAUGCAGUGGUGGCACUCGAUGUGCUCGAGGCUACUGCUUAUGUCCGGUAUAUCAUACGUUGAUUGAUGGCAAAUGCCAUUCUGCGAAUUCGGCAACAACAAUUUCAGCGGCAACUUUAGGU